AUGACUACAGAAGUAAUAUUACAUUAUCGACCAUUUGAGAGUGAUCCCACACAACUGCCAAAAAUUGCAGAAAAGGCAAUUCAGGACUUUCCUACUCGUCCGCUAUCAAGAUUUAUUCCUUGGUUUCCACAUGAUGGAUCUAAGCUUCCACUCAAACCUAACAAAUCACCACCUGUGAUUUCUGGAGAGGCAGCUGAAGAUGUGAAACAGUGCUUAACCAUUUCAAAACAUGAUGUUAAAUCACAGAGUUAUGAUUGCACAGUAGAUCUACUGGAGUUUCAACCUAGUGUGAAAAAGCAGCGCCUAAUCUGGUCACACACAGUGAAUGAACACACUGAUUCUGGAAAUCUGGAUAAACAAUCAGAAAAAGGGAAACAGCACAACCGGAGGUCUUGGAGUGUUUCACUUCCUAGCGGUACUGGUACAGAAAAUGUUUUUCCUUUGUCUAAAAAGUUGCAAGAUAGUUUAAAGGCACUAAAUUUGCAUUCACUUUAUAGAGCAAGAUGGACAAUAGAACACACUAUUUGUAACAACCAAACUCUGGAGGACAUUUGGGCAAAACUCAAUCAAAUUAUCAGGCACAAUGAACUUCCGUCUUGUAAUGCUACAAUUCAGAGACAUUUAGGCCAAAUCUGGGUAUUCUGUGAUGUUAAGUACUGUGAAUAUGUGGGAAAUCUUCUUAAAGGAAGAUUAGCACUUACUGGAAAAAUUAAUUUAUUUGUGCAUAAAUACGGUGUUAUUUUUAGUAUGUAA